AUGCAGGCUUUCAAAAACUUUGAACAUCUGGCCCGUCAAGAUGAUGACAGACGGCAUCAAGAGCUUGAGGAAAAAAUUAAAAAGAGAGAGGAAGAUCUGGCAGCUGCAGGAGAGAGAAUAAAAGAGCCUGCUGUAGCUGAGGAGGUCGAGAUCAACUCAGCAGUGGAACAUGACUCAACACUGGAUGGUGGAAAGGCUGUGGAGUCAGAGGAACCCACACCAGAAGAGGAGAAAGUAGAAACAGAAGCUACAAGUACAGCAGCAGAACUACCAGCGGCUAUUGCUGCCCCCGUAGAAACCAAGCCCAGGAAACAGGAGCAAUUCCAAGCAAAUCCUGAAAGUUACAACGGAGCAGUGAGAGAGAAUUACGCCUGGUCUCAAGACUACAGUGACCUGGAGAUUAAAGUCCCAGUGCCCAAGCACAUUCUGAAAGGCAGGCAGGUUUCUGUGGACAUUGGCACUAGCUCAAUUCGUGUUGCAGUGCUAGAAGAAAGUGGGUCUCGUGUACUCAUGGAAGGCACCCUUACCCACAAGAUCAACACAGAAAGCUCUGUUUGGAGUCUGGAACCAGGAAAAUGUAUCCUAAUUAACCUCACCAAGGUAGGUGAAUACUGGUGGAGUGCCAUCUUGGAAGGAGAAGAGCAGAUUGACAUUGAUAAAAUUAAUAAGGAACGUUCAAUGGCUACAGUAGAUGAAGAAGAGCAUGCAGUGCUGGAUAGGCUGUCUUUUGACUACCACCAGAAGCUGCAAGGCAAGCCACAAAGCCAUGAGAUGAAAGUCCACGAGAUGCUUAAGAAGGGCUGGGAUGCUGAAGGGUCCCCCUUCAGAGGCCAGAGGUUUGAUCCCUCCAUGUUCAACAUCUCUCCUGGAGCCGUGCACUUUUGAUGAUGGCUGUGAAAAUGGGAGAAUCACCUCCACGCUUGGGAUCCAAGGAUGAAACCAGUGCCACUCUUGGGCUCCUCUUCCUCCUCCUCGUCCUUAACAUCAAGGAGCCCUUUGGUCCCUGCAUUGUUAUAUGGGCUUGUUUUGUAAAGUGAGAGACUUUUUUAAAUGGCCAGAGUGUUGAGUUUGUUUUUUUCUGGAGGGGGGCUGAGAAAGGGAACCGAAAUGUGAGUGGGGGGUGAGUCCAUACUUUCUUCCAGCACCAGCUUGAUGUGUUUGAUAUGUAUGUGGGGGAAGCCUGGCAAAAGCAGCUUUACGUACUGUGUCGCCUAGGCAACCAGUGGCUGCUGGUAGUGUUUCCUCUUCUUUCGUGUUAAUGGAUUCGCUUGCUGCUGCAGAGAGGUAGGCUGAAGGCAGUUUUCUCCCCCACAUGCACACCUCAAGUUCCAGAAACAUGCAGUUGGGUGAAAUGAUGGCAGCUUCAUUCUCUUGUUCAUUAUUUGAAGAUGCCUCUUCUCCCACCCAUCCCCACCCCUGCUUUAGGAAACCCACUCCACUAAUGGCAUUGGACAGCUCCACCUUCUUUAAACACUGAGAAUCUGCAAUCAGUGUCAUUUCAGCAGCAUCUAAAUUGUUAGGUUUGGUACUUGAGGCCCUGGCAGUGGGAGAUAAAUGUUGCAGGCUCAGAUGAAUCCUGGAACAACGAAGGCACUGAAAGAGAAGGUGACACUUGUAAUAGCUAUAUAUAUUUGCAGUGCUCUGUAAAGGCAGAGGUAUAGGAUCUUUUUAACAGUGGAAAGCAAGAGUUCUUUAUCCAGAUUUCUGUUGCUGGAUGACCUACAGAACAGCAAUUCUUUACCUGCCUCCAUGGAUUCUAUCCAGCUGCACUUACCACAAGGCUUUUGAGGUUUCACAUCCUUUUCUCUCUCUCCUUAUCAUGUGUGAAAUGUGUGGCUAUGUUUCCAGUUUAUCAGACUUUUAAAAAUAAAAAAUAGCAAGUGGAGGGAAAUCAGGAUUAUGUUUAGAAAUGAGGACAUGCUGUGGUCUUGACAAAACUCCCCUUCCCAUAACCUGCAGUUUAGCUCAGGAGAAAAGAGACCAUUCAUGCCAAUUGCCAUUUUCAUAGUGGUGCCCUUCCCUUCUUGCAUGUCACAGGCUGAUUGCUCUCCCCAUGUGGGACUUUAAAAAGAGAAAACAAAAAAAGACAGCAGGUAAGUGAAAGGCAUUCACACGUUUCACUUGUGAUGUUUAAAUGCAUGCAGUAAAUUUAGACGUCAGGCAGCCAACUGAUGGCAGUGAUUGAGUUGAAGAAGCCAGCAUGGAUCAUCUUCUGGUAUAGAGGCCUUUUAUUUGAGUCCCCUGAUCUGUCAUUGAUAAGGAGUGGGAUUGAUGUUCAACCCUGCCUACUUCCAGAUGGAUCUUGUGUGUUUCCCAAAAGGAAGGAAGCUCUAAUCUUGCUCAUUGUGUAAUUAUUCAAAUGAAGUGCUACCAUGCCAAAACAUCACCAGAGAGUGGCUUUAUCACUUCAGAUGGUUGUCUUUUUCUGUCUCUUGGUGUGCCAUUUGAUUUGAAUUAUUUCUUCUCAUUGUAAUGUCAGCUGACAACCUAAUGCAGGUCUGAGAAGAAAUACCUUUAAGACUGUCAAGAGCAGUGGAGUUUUCAAUGUUCUCCCUUACUGCUGUGGCAAGGAAGAUUAUUCUAGGGCAGGAAGGGGCAACAUGUGUUCCUCUAGGUGUUGGACUGAAGCCCUCAUCAACCAUUAUCAUUAGGUAUGGAAUCAUUAUACUGGCUAGGACUCAUAGGAGUUGCAGCCUCACAACAUCUGGAGAGCCACACUAGUCGACCGCUAGCCUUGGAAAGUAUACCUAUCCCUGCUCUGGCAUGUCCAUCAGUAUAAAAUAUUUAAAAGAGAUUUGAUUGUGACCAACAAAUAAGGAAAAUGGCUGUGGCAGAUAUAAUACAUAUAGGUUGAAUCUUAUCUGAAAUAUUUGGGAGUGGAAGUGUUUUGCAUUUCAUAUCUUUUUUGGAGUUUGGAAUAUUUGCAUAUGUAUAAUGGUAUCUCUUGGAGAUGAUACCCAAGUCAAAACAUGAAAUUCAUGUAUAUUUCAUAUAUAGGGAUCCCCCACUUAUCCUAUGAAACAAAAUUUGUAUACACUGAACUAUUUUCAGUAUUUGAAUGACAAGACAUCAGAAAUGUUUUUGGGAAAGGUUAAAGAAACUUGCAAAAUGAUGUGCUAAGUGCAUUGAACUUCAGGGUGAAUACGUGGAAUAGUAAAUAAGUUUCAUGGCUGUAGGUUAUUCCCUUCUUAGGUUGAAAACUUUGCAUCAUCCCUUCAUAAGUAAUGGAACACUGAUGUUGCCUAUGCUUCAUUUAGAUUGUGGAGCGGAAACUUCCCAGGAGGUGAAUGCCCUAGCACCAGGGUUCAAGAUGACCAUUCAGAAGAGACCACAUGUUGUGGCAUGCAAGUAACAACCGUCACCUUGGCAGGGAGUAGCCAUGCAGUUAUGUGCUUUCUCACACUUUCCAUGCCCAUGGGUAGCAGCUGCACUGCUACAAAAGCAAUCACUGAAAUGGGAAAAUGUUCAGCUGUGAUGUGAAGGGUGGGGCAGGAAUUUCAGCCACCCUAACCCCCAACACACAAGGAGGGCGUUGCACUUCUUUGGAAGAGGGCCUGUCCUUCCUUCUGAAGAGGGUGGCAUCAGUUGCCAUUGCAAACAGAUUUUGCAUUCAUCCCACAGGGAAGGGCCAGCAACUUGUGAGCACUGGCUCUUGGAAGUGGGGAGUGUAAUUUUACUAUCUAGUGCUUUUGUAGCCCCCCCUCCCACUUUAGGUACAAAAAUAAGUAGAGAGAGAAGCAUCUAACAUUAUUUCCAGUCACUGCCAAGAUAGUGUUGAUUUCUCAUCGAUUCCAUGUCAUGAUGUUUUGUCGUCUGAAUAGGUUGUUUCAUGUUUGCUGUAGCCCACGUCCAGAACAUCACGUUUUGGACUGAUCAGCUUCCUCUCUACAACUGACCCUAAAUGAAGCACACGCAGCAGCAGUGGUUCAUUAUUCUGAUGUGUGAGGAGGAGAGGAAAAGCAGCUAAUAGUUAUCCUCAAAAGAAGGCAAGCAGGGGGCAAAGGGGUUGAGCUACUGAUCAGCAUGUCUCCUUUUAAAAUAAUAAUUUAUUAUUUCUCAACCAGCUAAAAAUCAACUAGGCAAGGCCUUUAAGGUUUGUGUAAAGUACUGUGGGUGGUUCUCUAGCAGCUCACUUGCUGUGAAGAGCUUAGUGAGACUUGGCAAGACUUUAGCCCUCCUUUGGCUCUGUAAUGCAUUUGUAUCUCAUCCCCUCAGUUUUCAGUUGUUGAAAGUGGCCCUAAAUCUUAGGAGUAUGUUUGUGGGCGUCCAAUUGCAACUGCUUGGACUUUGGCAUAUCUAAGAAUGGAGCUCCCUGCAGCUCCAGUGGCCUCUGAGAUGUUGAGAAAUCUUUACGUAGGAUGGUCCACAUGGAAGGUUUUCUGCAGGACACAUACCCACCUUCACCCUUAGAAAUUAAAAGAACCUAGGUCUAUCUGGUCCCAUUGUUUUUCUUUCAGUUAGGCUGAAAACAGGACAGGGCAAGAUACAUCGUAUCACAUUUGCAGUCUUAUACAGCAGCUUUAGGUUGCGUUGGAUCCUAGAAGAAAAUGGUCGACUCUUUUCCCAGAAUACCAAAGUGGGGUGGGAAAGGAUGUGCUGGAGAACUGCAGUGACAAUUGUUACUGGAUUUUUAUGUUUAUGGUACUUGGGUAAAACUGGCCUGUUGCCUUUUCUCAAA